CUCAGUUCCUCGCUCUUUCUUUCUUUCUUUCUCUAUCACUCACUCCCUCUCUCCCUCUGGUUUUCUCUGUCUUUCUCCCCUUCCUCCCUAUUUCUCUGUAUUAAACCAAAUGCCGUCAACGUUUGUCUCGAUUGUCUUUUUGAUUGGUAUUGUUGUUGAACAUGGAUCAGAAAUCAUUUGAUCUACUAACAGACACUUUGGAUAUACAUUAUGAAGUUCUUGACAAUAUCCACCAAGGCCGAAAAAUAUUUAAAGCAGCAAUAACUUUGACCAAUCAUUGCUCAGUUCCUCUUGAGCCAGGUCCAUGGGCAAUCUAUUUAUGCCACAUCCGCUUGAUUGAGCCAAAAUACUUGUCAAAAAAUUCUUUUGCCGAACUAACUGAAUAUGGUGUGAAGUUUUCACAUGUUAAUGGAAGCCUUUUCAAAUUGGAACCCCUUGAGUCUUUCAAAACACUGACUAAUAAUGAUUCUGUUAAAAUAAUAUUCCUUGCUCAGUAUUAUUCCGUUGCUAAAACUGAUGUUCUGCCUAAUUGGUAUAUGACUUAUCCUGAUUUGAUUCCUCGCAUCAUCAAGUGCACAGCUGAUGAAGAUCUUAAUUUCGUGGGUCAAUUUAACAAACCAUCUCAAUGGAAACGUUACGAUUAUGAAUUAGCUGAUGGCAAACGACGUUAUGACAUUUAUGAUCCUUUUACACCAAAGGUUCGCUUUGAAAGGAACUUGUCUGCUUACAGCUCUAAUGAAGAAAUUAAACCAGUUAUACCUACGCCACUCCAAAUGGUUUGCAGUAAAACCAAAUGUAUCUAUUUGAGAGAAGGAAACUGGGUAAUAUAUACUAAAGAUCUAACUCUGUCCAAAGAUGCUGAGUAUCUCUCAGGAAAGCUACAGCUAAAAAUUGUUUCUCAGCUCCCUGAAACUAAGUACAUUUAUCUUAAAUUAGUUCCAUCUGUGCAACUUCCACCUCAAAAGCAUUCACUUAUUUCUAAGGAGGCUUAUACACUUACUGUUGAUUGCCUAGAAGAUGUGAUUGAAAUAACUGCCAGCACUUCUCAAGGUCUAUUCUGGGGGAUCCAGUCUUUAUUAAGUCUUUAUAAGGAUGAACGUAUUCCAGAAGUGAAAAUCGUUGAUGCUCCAAGAUACGAAUAUCGUGGUCUUCAUGUCGAUGUCGUAAGAAACUUCCAUGGAAAACAAGAAAUGUUCAAACUCAUCGACAGCAUGAUUAUGUACAAGAUGAACAAAUUACAUUUGCAUUUAACAGAUGAUGAAGGAUGGCGGAUUGAAAUCCCUGGUCUUGAGGAGAUGACAUCUGUUGGCGGAUAUCGCGGUCAUAACGCCUCUGGAGACUGUCACAUUUUACCAUUAUUGGGUUCUGGCCCAAAUUCUGAUACAUCAGGUUCUGGUUACUAUUCAGUCAAAGACUAUAGAGAAAUUCUACUUUAUGCUACUGAACGCCAUGUUGAGAUUAUCCCCGAGGUGGACAUGCCAGGACAUUGCAAUGCUGCUAUUCAAGCUGUCAAAUCCCAUUACGAAAAACUCUGUUCUGCUGGUAAAAUGGAAGAAGCUGCAAAAUAUAUGUUGCAUGAAUCAAGCGAAGUCCAGAGUUCGGUAACAACUCAAUCCUGCCAGUUAUUUCAUGAAAACCUACUGAAUCCAGGCCUUGAAUCAACUUUUAAUUUUGUUGAAAUGGUGGUGUUAGCUUUGAAGGAGAUGCACGAAGACAUAGCUCCCUUGAGGGUGUUCCACUUUGGUGGAGACGAAGUCCCGAUUGAUAUGUGGGAAGAAUCACCAGCUUGUCGAAAGCUCUUCAAUUCUUCUGAAGACAUAGUGACUUUGGAUGAUCUUUUAGAACAUUUUGUGCGUAGAGUAGCUGCCAUUGUUUAUAAACAUGGUUUAAGCCUGGGAGCUUGGCAAGAUGGUAUGGUGUCUAUCGAUGGACCGUUCGAACGUUCUAGUAUACCCCAGGAAGAUGUUCUUGUGUAUGCUUGGCAGAAUGUUUGGGAAUCAGGAAAAGCUAAUAUUGCCUAUAUGCUGGCUAAUGCUGGAUAUAAAGUUGUCAUGUCUCAGGCUACACACCUUUAUUUUGACCACCCUUAUGAACCAGAUCCUGAAGAGAGAGGUCUUUAUUGGGCAGCCCGGUUUAUAGACACUGAAAAAGUGUUUAAGUUCAUUCCAGAUGACCUCUAUGCUAACGCUGAUUAUAAACUGACGGGUGAACCUCUUUCUAUUGAUGAUAUUAAAACUUAUGAGAAGAAAAUAGUGAACCUAAAAGUUCCUGAAAACAUUAUUGGGAUCCAAGGUCAACUGUGGUCAGAACUAGUCCGUACAUCUGAACAACUGGAGUGUAUGGUAUUUCCUCGUCUUAUAGCUAUGGCUGAAAGGGCAUGGCACAAAGCAAGCUGGGAAGAUGAAACAGACAAAUGCAAAAGAGAUGCUGAAUCAACAAAAGAUUGGGCCAGCCUUGCUAAAACACUUGGUACAAAAGAAUUAUCUCGAUUGGAACAGGCACAUAUAGCUUAUCAUUUAGUGCCACCUGGUGCCAGGUUCCUUGAAGAUGGAAGAUUAGAGGUGAAUUGUACUUAUCCUGGCCUUCCAAUUCAGUACAGUAUUGAUAAUGGAGAAACUUGGACCACUCAGUCUAAUGAGCCGAUUCACAUUCCCAGCAACACUAAAGUUUUAUUGCAAACCAGCUCUACUGACAGGCACCGGUCCAGCAGACAGAUUGAAUUGCUAAGUCCAAAUAUAAGUUAAUAAGUCUUUAAACUUUUCUCUCAGCUUUCUCCUGCCACUCACUGCAAUGACUGUAUUUUUUAUAGCUCAAUUUCUGCCAAUGCAUUCUUGAAAUAUUCUUGUAUUUGGAUAUCUUUAUAAAAAUAAAGAACUGACAUUAUCAUGUCUUUAAACGUA